CGCCGCUGAUAGGCUGAGGCGGGCGUCAGUCACAGGCCGGGCUGGAUCAAGUUGCCCGGCGGUCGGCUGUGUGAGUGUUGGGGGAGAGUGCGGGCUCCGGGACCCGGGCAAGAUGAUGAAGUUUCGCUUCCGGCGGCAGGGGCACGACCCCCAGAGGGAGAAGAUCAAACAGGAGCUGUUCUCCUUCAACAAGACCGUGGAACAUGGAUUCCCCAACCAGCCCAGCUCUCUUGCCUUUGACCCUGUGCUGCGGAUCAUGGCAAUCGGUGCCAAAUCUGGAGCUGUUAAAAUAUAUGGGACCCCUGGAGUGGAGUUUACAGGUUUGCACAGGGACAUGGCUACCGUGACCCAGCUACACUUCUUACCUGGACAGGGUCGUCUCCUGUCCCUGCUGGAUGAUAACACUCUCCAUCUCUGGGAACUGCAGCAGAAAGAUGGCUGCUCCGAAAUCGAGGAGACCAGAAGCUUCAUCCUUCCAGGCCGACCAGGGUUCGACUGCGCUAAGUACUCAAACUCCUCUUCUUCUUUCUCUCUCACGCUUGUGGCUGAGCAGAUUAAAUUUGGAAGCUCUCCUCCGAGUGUCACCCGUGUAACGGUUAUUUUGGUGACAACUUCCUGUGAUGUGGUUGGCCUGGGAACAGAAGGAGGAGGGGUUUAUUUUGUACAGAUCCCAAGUUUGAAGCUGUUGGAGGACCAGAUUUUGCUGCAAGAGGAAAUUGUACAGAGCUUGCCAGAUGAAUACAGAUGUGGAAAGGCCCUGGGUCCAGUGGAAUCGUUGCAGCAGCAUGCAAAGGAGCAAGGGAAGAUCCUGAUUGGCUACAGUAGGGGGCUGGUAGUUCUAUGGGACCGGGAUUCCAGGAAAGUGGAACAUCUCUUUUUGGGCAACCAGCAAUUGGAGAGUUUGUUUUGGGAGAGCAGCGGGGCAUCGCUCGUUAGCUCUCACAGCGAUGGAGGGUACCUGGUGUGGACGGCCAGCAAUAAUUCCUCCUCUACAUCCCAGCCGGUCACCUCCUCUAUUCCGUAUGGUCCGUUCCCUUGCAAAGCGGUCAACAAAAUCCAGUAUUUAUCCAGCAGUUCGGGGAACCACUUCAUCAUCUUCAGCGGGGGCAUGCCUCGAGCCAGCUACGGGGACCGUCACUGUGUCACCAUCAUGCAAGGGAAAAACCUGGUCACCUUAGACUUCACCUCUCGAGUCAUUGACUUUUUCACCGUGUGCCCGCUUCAGAGUGAAGAUGAUCUGGACAAUCCCACAGCUCUGGUAGUCUUGGUGGAGGAAGAAUUGGUUGUUAUUGACCUUGAGAGCCCUGGUUGGCCGACCAUCCCUGCACCGUAUCUUGCCCCGCUCCAUUCAUCUGCCAUUACCUGCUCCUACCACAUCUCCAACGUCACCCUGAAGCUAUGGGAGCGGAUCAUUAUUGCCGGCGAGCAACAGAACCCACAGCUGUCUUCUGCGAAAUGGCCAAUAGAUGGUGGAAAAAGUUUGGCUGAGGAGCCAUCACAGAGAGGCCUCUUGCUGACAGGCCACGAAGAUGGCACUGUCCGGUUCUGGGAUGCUUCUAGUGUUGCCUUGCGGCCUCUUUACAAACUGCCGACAGCCGGUAUCUUUCAGACGGACUGUGACCACAACGAAAGCCUGAAUCAAAGCUGUGAAGAUGAUUGGCCACCUUUCCGCAAGGUUGGUUGUUUUGACCCUUAUAGCGAUGACCCUCGGCUAGGCAUCCAAAAAAUCGCCCUCUGCAAGUACAGCGGCAAGCUGGUAGUGGCAGGAACUGCAGGACAGGUGCUGAUGAUGGAUCUGAGUGACGAGAAAUCCGAUCAUAUGAUCAGCGUAGCAACCGUUGACCUCUUACAAGAUCGGGAAGGCUUCACGUGGAAAGGCCAUGACAGGCUGAUCCCAAGAAACGGCUCCCUUUUCUUCCCUCCUGGUUUCCAGACCACCAUAUUGGUACAAUGUAUGCCCCCCGCUGCCGUCACAGCUGUCUGCCUACACUCAGAGUGGAAUUUGGUGGCUUUUGGCACCAGUCACGGCUUUGGAAUUUUUGACUACCACAGGAGGAGCUCAGUUCUGGCCAGAUGCACCCUUCACCCCAAUGACUCCAUGGCCAUGGAGGGGCCCUUGUCCAGGGUUAAGUCUUUGAAGAAAUCUCUCCGCCAGUCAUUUCGCCGAAUCCGAAAAAGCAGAGUAUCUGGAAAGAAAAGGCCAAAUACGGCGAGCCCCAACAGCCGGCUGCAAGAGGCCAAUGCCCAUCUGGCAGAGCAGGUUGGCCCACAUGAUCUGGAGGUGACCCCAGUGCAGAGGAGGAUUGAGCCACGUUCUGCCGACGAUUCGCUGUCCGGUGUUGUGCGCUGCUUGUACUUCGCUGACACAUUCUUACGGGAUGCUGUCCACCACGGGCCCACCUUGUGGGCUGGCACAAACUCUGGCUCCGUCUUUGCCUAUGCCUUAGAAGUCCCUUCGCGGGAGAAGUUCUCGGAACGCUCAGCAGAGGCUGUGCUGGGCAAAGAAAUUCAGCUUAUGCAUCGAGCUCCUGUUGUCUCCAUAGCAGUCCUUGACGGACGGGGCAACCCUCUCCCAGAACCGUUUGAGGUGUCGCGUGAUCUGGCCAAAGCACCUGACAUGCAGGGAACACACUCUGUGCUGAUUAUUUCGGAGGAGCAGUUUAAGCUGUUCACUUUGCCCAAGGUUGGUGCCAAAACAAAAUUUAAGCUGACCGCCCAUGAAGGCUGCCGAGUGAGGAAAGUGGCACUUGUAAAUUUCACCAGCGCUGCAUCUGAUGAUUAUUCAGAGAACUGCCUGGCGUGUCUCACCAACCUGGGAGAUAUUCACGCGUUCAGUGUUCCCGGGCUGCGGCCGCAGGUGCGCUAUGACUGCAUUCGCAAGGAGGACAUCAGCGGCAUUGCGUCAUGUGUAUUCACAAAGUAUGGGCAAGGGUUUUACCUAAUCUCCCCAUCAGAAUUUGAACGGUUUUCGCUCAGUGCCAAGAACAUCACAGAGCCGGUGUGUUUGGUAGAGUUUGAUAGGCCCCAUGAUCCUGGGUACCUCAGCAAUAAAGACACUUUAUCAAAAACCAACCAAGCCAAUGGCACUCACAUCCCCCGAGAGUGUGAUGGAAACCAGCCGGUGACUGAAGGAAAUACAUUUGAGCACAUAGCUGCCUUUUCACCCAACCCCCUGGACUCCCCCCUGAACAGUACAGACACUACAUUGGACACUACUGGGGACAUGACUGUGGAGGACGUCCGGGAUAUGCUGGGAUCCAAUGAAGAAUCUGAGAAAAACAUGAAGAAUUCAGCAGACGAGCCUCGAUUACCAGAGAUGCUAAUUAAAUGAGGUUCUUCCUUUUUUGGCCUUUUUGUUUCAUCACUUUUUUAUUAAUACGCAUGAUUGAUUCUGAGCAAUGCCAUUUAAUAAACUUUGAAACUCAUUUUUGCCACCAGAGGACAUAAGGCAGCUGAUUAUCCAAUCACGUCUGGCUCCCCCCAGUACAUCAGCAGCAGCAACAACAGACAAAGCGGCUUCAGCCAAGUUUUAUGGCUUCCAAUUUACGGAUGACCCCCUCCUGAUCCCUGAGAAGGGGCAUGCCUGCUUUCCUCACCGCAUGAGACAAUAUCCAGCUUGUUCCAUAUAAACACUUCACCUCUGAAUGACCGUAGCUCUAACCUUGCUGCAUGAAUAUUCCUGCAUACAAUGUAGUCACCAGAGUGGAGCCAGACCAAAAAGAUAGGGGGGACAAACUGGCCUUGCACCCCUAUAUGUUCUACUGGAGAAGACCAAUGUAACAUUUCAUGACUGGACAACACGACAGUAUUUAAGAGGCUCUGUGAGGUUUUUAAUUCUUUCUCCUUGUCACGGACUUCCUGUUACUCGUCUUGAGUUAUGCCGCCAUCCCUGGCUGCCAGACUGACGCCAUUUUGGAUUUACAACUCUUUAUACACAGUACCUUUUUUUUUUCUCUGAAUAGGAUUUGCUGCUCUAACCUCCGCAAUCUUUUAAAGAAAAGGCUAAAUAUCUUGCACAUUUAACGUUUUUUUUUUUUUUUUUUCUGCAUCUGUUUUUUAAUGAUAGAAAGGGCCUCUUAUCCAGCAAUAACCUUCUUGUUUGACCGCAUGUAAAGGGAGCCUGCUUCAACCCCUUUAGAACAUUCCUUCCCCAAUCGCCGCGCUUCUCAACGACCAAAGUCUGAUCAGAUUCCAGCUGUGACAUCAACGUGAAUGUGAAUUUAAGGCCCGUACAUUAGCGGGCCACCAAUAGAACCGUCAAAGCCACGGACUGCGAAUUGUACACGACUGUGAGUUUUUGAUCCCUUGCAGCAUUUCAGGGGUUAAACAGAUUUUUUUUUUUUUUUUUUUCUCUUUGAUCAUUGCGUGACUUAGAUCUAUUUUUAUAUGCCUUGCCUUCCAUUUCUAAGGCUAUUUUUGGUACUGCUAUUUUCUGUGAAUCUACUACAGUUUAUAUUAAGGGGUAGGUAGACCGAGAGACGGGGAAGGCUCGGGCCACUCGCGGCUCUUUCGAUGUGGCUUACCGUCCCGCCGUUGGUUUUAUGGACUUGGGCGUACCGGGACGGGGUGGGCAAAGAAGUGCCAGAGAGCUGAAGGGUGCCAGCCCCUGAGCCGGAGAAGAUUUUGCUAACCAUAUUGUUGUCAUGAACAAGAUUAUCUUUAAAUGAUCCAGUUUACAUGGAUUUUAUUUUUCAGUUUAGUUUAAUCUUAUUUCACUUUUUUUUUUGUUUAGAUAUAAAAGUGUUUUAUUAAAAAAAAAAUAAAGAUA